CUUACAUAUACUGCGUAGACAGUAUACCAGUGCUUGGGGCGAGUUCGACUCCGGAAGUUUUGUUCUCGUUUGUGGUGUCAGCUGUCUUUUCACUACUUCUCUUCAACUUAUCCAGUAGUAGUAGCAGGCGUUAACGCAACUCGAAGAGACCGUGGAAACGGCGCUCAGGCCAACGACUCUCAGGAAAAUAUAACAAAGCAUGUUUCGACUCGGUUGUGGAACUUAACGCUCCCGUCGUGAAGAACAACCGCUCUUGUUUCAAAACAAGGUGACGGUGUGUCCACAGUUCAUUAACUUUAUAAGUACUUCGAAGAUUCUCUUAUUCUGCAGCUAUCUUUAUCCUAUCGUUUAUCUUGCUAGACUGUGUGCAUCGACUUUCGACAAUGGCGCAACACAUCUGGGUGGAAUCGCCUAUAACACACGACGACAUCACCUUCAUCGAUAACGACCAGAUGGAAACCACCGACAGCCCUUGGGACACUUCUUCCACCACUGCGAAACCCCAACCGCCGCCGCCAACGCCUCAUAGCUCGAUGAUGGCUGCCGAAUGGCUAGUUUUCAAUCCCAACCCUGGCCCUCAAAGCGCUCCUUGGUUCUCCGCCAGUGAACAGGACCUCUUCCGGAAUACCGAAGAGGUCAUGGACACUUUCGACGUCGUCCUUCACAGGCCAGUCCGACCAAAGUUGCACAUAAACGCUCUUCCCAACGAGGUCCUCGGGGAGGUCUUUGAUCUCUACACACACUCGGUUGAGAGCUCCUACACCCCGGGGAGGUACGGCGCCGUCUCUGUGUCAAGGGACAAACCGAACAACCCAACUAUCCUCGGCCGCGUUUGCUCGCGAUGGCGCACUUUAUCGCAUUUGACCGCCAAGCUGUGGUCGAAGAUUGCCGUCAUCAGCCCUUUUGUGAAGGACGUUCGCAUUCUCAAGCAUUGGCUUGAGAGAUCGGCGUCUCGGCCUCUCGAUAUCACCAUCGUCCAACGAUACCCCACACGAGACAUGGAUAUUGCUAUCCAAUCCAUCUUCCACCUUGUUCUCGGAGAGAACAAGCGUUUGAGGUCCAUUUCGCUGGACCUUUGCUUCAAUAUCGAGCGACACCUUCUUUGCAGGACACACAUCCCCCUCCCUCGUCUGACACAGUUCCAACUUGACCUCCCGGCUUGCGCCACAGUUCUACAAAACGCACCCUGGCAGAGGCUGCAUUCCGUAACGCUUAACGACCUUGAACAAGCCAACCUUCCUGCGCUGUUCUCCGUCUGCGAGAACGUUCAGAGCCUUACGAUUCAUCGUUUGGAGGGCCCUGCGGGCUUUCCGUCACCCGUUUGUCUCCCUCGCCUUCGAGAACUCACCCUCGGAUACGCCAGCGACCUAUCGACCAUCUUCAACAACCUCUCGCUACCCGCGCUGCAAACCGAUUCUGCCAUCUCUGAAGGAGAUGACGUUUAUGAACGUGGAGGCUCGAGAUGGCGUUCUGUCGUCAAUGAUACUUUCGCGUUCAGGUCGAACUCCUUUGCGAUAUGUGUAUGCUGA